GAGAUGCCCUCCGCGGACACGUAGAUCUCUACGCGUGUCUUCCAGCGGCACCGACGUCGCCCACAAGCCAGGUACGCCGUCCACUCCAGCGCGCCCCUUGCCAUACCCGCUGCACCCAUGGAGCUUGGAAUUCCCUCGCGAACACCGUCGACGUCUGCUGAGCGCCAUGGAGCAGCGACGAACGCGGCGCCACCAUGUUCUGUCUAUCCUAUUUCCUGCCUGGCGCCGCGGGUUCGGUUACGGACGAAAACACAUCACUGCAACCCUGACCUCCUUACGCAUCUCGAUCGCCACAGGACCCGCCUGUAUACGUACGCAAACGCACUCCUAAUACUGUCGUUGACACACUCUUCGCGCUGCUCACGGUGCGAACAUGGUCAUGCGUCCGAAAUGACUUCUGGUUACCCUCACAUGCAGACCCAGGAGCGACGGGCUGCAGACGGACCACACGAUGAGACUCGGCAAUUACACGUCCGCGAACAUCCACUCGGCACCGCGCGCGGCCAUGCCUCUUUCGUCGAUCGCCCGGUAAACAUCUGCGGGGCGCCAACAGUGACACGCCAGCCGUGUCAGCGCGACGACAGGGACACACGCACCCAUCUGCGAUCUCGAGCAAUCGAGGCAUUCGCGGCGGGCCGACGUCCCCAACACGCAUCGGCCGCGACCGUCGGGUGUUUCUUCGAAGAUGGACAGACUGGCAAUGCGCUGGCACCCCGAGCGUCCUGGUACUGUAAUACUCACCGCACGCCACGCUGACACUCGCAGAAGUUCAAGUUCGAUUCGGAUCCGUCCACUGAGCUUGGACGGCCGGCCGACGUCGAAUCGACAGCUCGACCAUCAAAUAUCACGCUACAGAUGCUUACGAGACAGAUGCAGACGCGUACGGCCAUCAACUGCAAGUCAAUCAAGGGCUAGCUCGAAGCAGUAAGAAAGAUCCCCCUCCUACCAUUGGCCCGUGCGCU